CCACUGAACCCACCACCCAUCCAUCGGCGAGAAAGAAUAUCUACCAAAUUCCCACGGGAUUCUCGUGGCGAGCGCCGGCGCCAUGGAGUCCUCACGCGGCAUCCUCAUCCCCGGCACGCCGCCGCUGCCCUACGCGUACGAGCCGCUGCCCUCCUCCUCCGCCGACGCCAACGGCCAGGAGGACCGGCGGACCAGCGGCGGCGUCAGGUGGCGCGCGUGGGCCACCGUGCUGGCUGUGGUGGCGCUCGUCGUCCCCGCCGCGGUCUUUGGGGCCAGCAGGGUCGACCGGAACGCGGUGGUCUCCUCCGCGUCGGCUACGGCGGUCCACGGCGUGUCUGGGGCAUACUCCUCCCACGGCGGCUUCCCGUGGAGCAACGCCAUGCUGGAGUGGCAGCGCACCGGCUACCAUUUCCAGCCGGAGAAGAACUACCAGAACGAUCCCAACGGUCCGGUGUACUACAAAGGAUGGUACCACUUCUUCUACCAGCACAACCCGGGAGGCACCGGGUGGGGCAACAUCUCAUGGGGCCAUGCCGUGUCGCGGGACAUGGUCCACUGGCGUCACCUACCGCUCGCCAUGGUGCCCGAGCACUGGUACGACAUCGAGGGCGUCCUCACCGGAUCCAUCACCGUGCUCCCCGACGGCAGGGUCAUCCUGCUCUACACGGGGAACACCGAGACGUUUGCGCAGGUGACCUGCCUCGCGGAGGCCGCCGACCCAAGCGACCCCCUCCUCCGUGAGUGGGUCAAGCACCCCGCCAACCCCGUCGUGUACCCGCCCCCUGGCAUCGGCAUGAAGGACUACCGUGACCCAACCACGGCGUGGUUCGACAACUCCGACAACACGUGGCGCAUCAUCAUUGGCUCCAAGAACGACACGGACCACUCCGGCAUCGUCUUCACGUACAAGACCAAGGACUUCGUCAGCUACGAGUUGAUACCGGGGUACUUGUACCGCGGGCCCGCCGGCACCGGCAUGUACGAGUGCAUCGACAUGUUCGCCGUCGGCGGUGGCCGCAAGGCCAGCGACAUGUACAAUUCGACGGCCAAGGACGUGCUGUACGUGCUCAAGGAGAGCAGCGACGACGACCGGCGCGACUAUUACGCGCUCGGGAGGUUCGACGCGGCGGCCAACACAUGGACGCCGAUCGACACCGAGCGGGAACUCGGCGUCGCGCUGCGGUACGACUAUGGCAGGUACGACGCGUCCAAGUCCUUCUACGACCCCGUGAAGGAGCGGCGGAUCGUCUGGGGGUACGUCGUCGAGACCGACUCCUGGAGUGCCGAUGCGGCCAAGGGGUGGGCCAACCUUCAGUCGAUUCCGAGAACGGUGGAGCUUGACGAGAAGACCCGGACAAACCUCAUCCAAUGGCCGGUGGAGGAGCUCGAUACCCUCCGCAUCAACACCACCGAUCUCAGCGGUAUCACUGUCGGUGCCGGAUCCGUCGUCUCCCUCCCCCUCCACCAGACCUCCCAACUCGACAUCGAGGCAUCCUUCCGCAUCAACGCCUCUGCCAUCGAGGCCCUCAAUGAGGUUGAUGUCAGCUACAACUGCACCAUGACCAGCGGCGCCGCCACCCGCGGCGCGCUCGGCCCCUUCGGCAUUCUCGUCCUCGCCAACGCCGCCCUGACAGAACAGACGGCGGUGUACUUUUAUGUGUCCAAGGGCCUCGAUGGCGUUCUUCGAACGCACUUCUGCCACGAUGAGUUGCGGUCGACGCAUGCCACUGAUGUGGCGAAGGAGGUGGUGGGUAGCACGGUGCCGGUGCUCGACGGCGAGGAUUUUUCCGUUAGGGUGCUCGUGGACCACUCCAUCGUGCAGAGCUUCGUCAUGGGCGGGAGGAUGACGGCGACGUCGAGGGCGUACCCGACGGAGGCCAUUUACGCGGCGGCGGGGGUCUACCUGUUCAACAAUGCCACCAGCGCCACCAUCACCGCUGAGAAGCUCAUUGUGCACGACAUGGAUUCGUCGUACAACCGGAUAUUCACGGACGCCGACUUGGUAGUCCUCGAUUAGACUGAUCACUUACAACAAGUAAUGGAUUUUUUGCUCGGUCCGUGGAGCUUCCUUUUAUCUUGGACAGAUUUUUAGCGGUGGAGCACCAGCAAGUCUACCUGUCAUCUUGAUUUAUGUUUUUGGUUCCGGUUUUGGUUUUAGUAAGAUGAAUUAGAUGAUGUUGGUCACCUGUAAAUCAAUUACGGGUAAAUUAAAAGGGCAUGGAUGCCUACCACCAAAUAUAAGUGACUAUUUCAAGUUCAA